AUGGCGGCGGCUCUGUCGGGCCUGGCUGUCCGGCUGUCGCGCUCGGCCGCCGCCCGCUCCUAUGGGGUCUUCUGCAAGGGGCUGACCCGCACGCUGCUCAUCUUUUUCGACCUGGCCUGGCGGCUGCGCAUCAACUUCCCUUACCUCUACAUCGUGGCUUCCAUGAUGCUCAACGUGCGCUUGCAGGUCCACAUUGAGAUCCACUGAAGGGCCUGCCCUGACUGACCGCGGCUGGACUGUGUGCACACGUGCCUCGGAGUACCCAGCAUGAAGGACCUGAGAGGGACGCUAGGCACUUGCCGAGCUGGCAUGGUGGCAGAAAGAGGAGACCACCGGGACAGACUGCUGCGGGGCCUGGAUAGAACCCAGAAGCCGGCCCGUAGGGACAGGACGUCCCAGAGCCAGGCCUCGGGGUUGGAGAAGAAGUGGGCCCCGAGCCUCCCCGACCUCUUGCUCCACCAAGGGCCAGCAGGAAGAGACUCCGUCCGCGCAGCCGCAGGAGCGCCAGUGGCCGCCACGACCAUGUGCGCCAGCGAGGCUCUGGAGUGGGGCUGGCCA